AUGAUCUUCUUCGUCGUACUUUACUGAACAGUGUUUGCUUUCUUUUGAAUGGGCUUAGACUGCACAUAGCCACAUGUAGAAUCCCACAGCAGAGGCAGUGCCACUAAGAUUCGAAUCAUUUUAUAUAUCACAUUACCACCUCACGCCAUCGGUUCUCAACCUUAGACUUCAAAUCAGCCCUAGACUGGUUCUCGCACCUUCGUAUGCGGCUAGAAUCAUGCUUGAAGCUGUUGCAGCCGUCGGCCUGGCGGGCAAUGUGGUUCAACUUGUUCAAUUCUCGUUUGAUCUAAUCAACAAAGUAGUGGAGAUACGCAGAGGCGGAAAAUCUCCUCCACUUCUUGAACCCAAGCACAUCGUGACCUUAUCAAUACAACAAAUCAAAGCAACCAAAAUCCAAUUCACAUGCUGCGCUGGACGAAAACAUUCGCUUGAUGAUAAGGUUCGUUCAAACUUGUAA